AUGUUCGGCUCGACUCUUCGCACCACAUCUGCGCGCAGCGUAGCGAUCCAAAGAUCUCACGUCGCCCAAAACUGCGCUAGGAACAUUUCGCAAUCGACACCUAGAGCGGACGCUGCUUCUUCGGCAAAGAACGCAGCUGAAGGUGCUGCAAAGCAGCUUUCUAGCGCGGCUGCGAAGGCUUCGGCUGCUGUGGGACCUGUCGCUGCUAGAAUUCAGGGAGCUACGGGAAGUGAGUAGAGCGUCGGAGCGGUGCUUUGAGGAUGGGUGGACCAGCGCGGCUAGACUAGAGCUGCACUCUUCGCUGUUGGAGAGCAGCAGCUCGAAGGUCUACGGGACAGUUCUGAUUGUGGUCGAAAGAGGCCAUGAAGGCAUCCUUCACCUCGACUUGCAUGCUGACCCUGAUGCUCACUCUACGCUGCGCCCCAGUCAACCUGUCCUCUUUUGGGGAAUCGAUCGCAUACAACGCUCGAGUCGCCGGAUCCCUCUUCAAGCAAGUGUACAUUGCCGAAGCCCUUGCUCCUCCCACUUCCACGUCAGCCAUCAAGCAAGGUGCAGAGACGCUGUACAAGCGAGCACUCGACGCCUCUUACUGGAGCGGAGUGAUUAGGACCGGCGAGUGGAAAAAGUUGGCAGUGUAUGGAAUCGAAGUGGUUGGUUUCUUCACCAUUGGAGAGAUGGUGAGUGUUGGAAGGACAGGUGUGGGAGGAUCAGGCUUUAUUAAGAGGGGUCCUUUGCCAUUGCGAAUUCCCUGUUCUGGCGCGUGCAAACCGCUCAGCAUCUAACCCUGGGCAUGCCCUUACCUUCUCACGAACAGAUCGGCCGCAGGCACAUCGUCGGCUACAAGCUGGACAAGCACAGCUCCGCAGAUGCCCACCACUAG